CACAUGCCAAUGGACAUGGCACAUGUCCAAGUCCGGUCCUGGUCCUGGGUGCACACCUGCUGCUGCGCAUCUGACGUCAAGAUUGCAUGCUGAUUUAGAGACGCCAUCCUCCAGGCGGUCACAGGAGAACGCAGCCGCAGCAUUUCCUUGUCUCUACCCUCCUUGAAGUUGAACGAAGACAGAGUGUUGUAGAAGACAAAGGGGCUGAAGACAUUGGGAUCUAGGGAGCCGCCCCUUCACAACUGGUCACGACAGUUUCUGUCUUUCGCAGGGUUCGCACGCAGGGUUUUGCGAGACUUGGACCUGGCGAGUUGUUCAAGUAUCCCUUCACAGUCGGCCAUUUUCGAAGCAGAGUUGUUUCGUAGUUCAAACGAUCAUUAGGUGUGAACAAUAUCAAGGUGCUUAGAAGCUGGCUAUUGGCAUCAGAGGCUCCAUUAUUGAGGGUAUGAGGGCCGCAGAUCAGGCUCCGGAUGUGGCAGAGCCGUUUGGCUCAUCAUAGUCAAACUGCAUUGUGAUCUGUCAAGUUGCUUGAGAGACAGUGUUUCUGAAAGCUUGCUUCCAUGGGGGGCCACUUGGGCAAGUGCGUCUCGGGGGACUUCCGGGACGCUACUGAGCUGCCGGCCAUGUACCCUGUAGUCAGACACCGCGAGCAGAUAAUGGACGGGCCUACGGCAGCUGUUGCUGAACAUGAGCGGCCGGGCCACCUGUGCCGCGGUUCCACCUGCAUAGACCUGUAUGGCAACCGGGCAAAAGACAAGUGGAAGGCGGCAGACUACACGGGCUGUGCCGAGGAUGCGGCGAGAGCGCUGCGGUUGCUUGAGGGGUUUGAGAAGUGGCUGGCUAGCAACUCGGAUCUGCUGAAGAAGGUCACACCAGAGGAGUCGGGCAAGGCCAAGCUGACGAAGCAGCGGAGCCGGGAUGACAGCACGCUCCCAUCGCACCGGCGGCGACUAGUGAACCGGCUGGAGCGGCUGGGAAGGGAGGGUCUGCAGGGGAAGGGGUCCCCCGGGGGGCGGCGGUUGAUGAAGUCGCUGUCCCUGGGGAGUGCCAAGCGGGCGUAUGCCAUGGCGGAGGAGGGGGAAGAGGAGGGGCUGGGGGACCGGGAGGCGCUCGCUCUCGAGCGGCGCAAGCGUCUGCGGUGCAAGCUGCUGAUGCUGCGCGCGGGGGGCCUGUACUACGCGGGGAAGAAACUAGAGGCGGUGCAAGCAUUUGAAGAUGUUCUGGUUUGGGACGUGGAUUGUGAGCGCGCGCGGCACAAGCUGGUCGACGUGCUGCGCAAGGCGGACCAGCACCUGCUGGAGCUGCUGGACGCGAGCCGGCCGCAGGUCAAGUCGCCGGAGGCGCUCCCCUACGGGGGGCCGAAGACGGACUUCAAGGACGCAGACACAAACGGGGAGGAGAGCGACGAUGAGGACAUCGAGGAGGAGGUUCCGACGCUGAUGAGCCGCUGUCAGGCCGUGAUCAUGGCCCACCGGAGCCUGUGGAAGCCCGCGCUGCAGACGCUGCCGCUGGACCUGAUGCAGGACCUGGCGAAGCGCAAGUCGACGCAGGAGACGACGAGCAACGAGAGCAUCACAAACUUCAUCGGGGAGGGCACCAAGUCGCUUAUCAUAUUGCACAACUCUAAAAACAAGCGGCUCUCCCGGGAGACCCUGGAGCAGGUCCCCGCGCUAGUGCCCAACCUGGAGGAAUUAGACCUAACUCUGUCGGUUCCCCUUAACCCGGCCACGGGCAGCAUGAGCCGGUUCAAGGUGGGCCGACCCGAGAAGCUCGAGUUUGAGCCGCUGCUGAGUCAGCACUUCUGGGAGGAGCUGCACCGCCGCUGCCGGGGCCUGCGGCGGCUCCAGGUGUCGCGCGACCGGUGCACCUUCCGCAGUGCGGAGGAGUGGGAGGCGUUCUCGCGGAACCUGGCGUCGUUGCGGAGCUUCCGGCUGGACGGGUGCAAGUUUGAGGCGAGCGUCGAUCCGGCGCUGUUGCUUAGGUUGUCCCCUGCCUUGGUCCAUCUCCACCUGUGCAACCUGCACCUCCCCCUGGGUGACGACACCUUUUCACAGCUUGCCUCCCGCCUCCCCCUGCUGCGCCAGCUCGAGAUCCGCGGCUGCCCCGACCUCAGCGACGCCAGCCUAGUUGCCGUCGCUGAGCACUGCCCCGGCCUGCAGUCCCUCACCGUUCAGAGCCACCGUAUGACGGGCAUCGGCGUUCAGGCAAUACUCCAAGCCUGCUCGCAACUUGUGCGGGUUCGCCUCGGGAUCUCGACGGUCCGUGGGGCGUUUGAGGGGCUCCCAGUCAUGGCGCACCUGACGGAGAUCUCGUCGUGCGCGAAGACGGCCUCCGACAUGGACGAGGCGUCGCUGUUCAGCAUCUCGGGGGGGGCGUGCCCAGCGCUCACCAGCCUCGAGCUGUAUGCGUGCACGGCCGCCACGGACGAGGUCACCCGGCGCCUUGCGGAGCACUGCCCGCGAAUGCGGAAGCUCGCGCUCGGGUUCACGCCCACGCUACGCGGGCAGCACCUGCGCGAGUUCCGCGAGCUGCGCGUCGUGAAGCUGGAGAUGUGCGAGCGGCUGCACGGGCCCAACAUCCGGGACUUCAUCCGCGCCAACACGAAGCUGGAGUGGCUCUCCAUCGAGCACCGCGACCGGUUCGUCCAGGACCGCGAGGCGGUCAGCCUGACGGAGGACGCGUUCGACAAUAACAUGGAGCAGUUCCCCAACUUCAAGCACUUCCAGGUCAAGAGCAGCCACCACUGGGCCGGGCUGCAGAUGCGGCCCUUCCUAAUGAGCGCGCCGUACCUAGAAACCAUCAACCUGAUCGACUGCCCCAAGAUCCGGGACCUGCCCUUCCUUGGCAUCCCCGAUAAUUCCUUCCGGCGCCUGACCAAGCUGCACCUGCACCAGCUGGGCAUUUCUGACGAGGGUCUGAAGGCGCUCAGCGCGGCGGCGUGCCGGCUGCGCGUGAUACACUUCUGCAAGCUGGAGAAUAUUACGGAGGUGGGGGUGGGGCAACUAGUAGCGGAGCACGGGGUGACGCUACGGCAGUGCCUCCUUAACGUGUGCCCGAAGGUCUCGGCGGCCUGCUUCCGCGUGAUCCUCGCGCAAGCGUCGCGCCUCGAGCGGCUGCACUUCUGGGGGCCGAGCGCGUGGCUCACAGACGAGUUUGUCGAGGGCGAGCUGUGCGUUGCGCCCUGCGCAGCCACGCUGACGUCGCUCCACCUGUGCGACUGCGAGGAGCUGACGCUGCGCAGUGUGACCAAGAUCUUGUCGUCGUUGCCGGAGCUGCGGUCGCUCGAUCUGACGGACUCCGUUCCGGGGCUCGUGAAGGAGCAGGCGAGAGAACUAGUGGUGGCGACGGGGAACCGGGUUCAGCUACGGGGGGGACAGUCGCCCUGGAAGUCGAUGGCGAGGGCGAGAGGGGGUAGGGGAGUCGUGCGGGGGGCGGCGCUACCAGCGGCAGCAGAAGGGGGGGCGGCAGGGUCGCUUGUUGGAGAGGGGGAGGAGUUGAGGCGCGCGGCGUCUCAGGCAUUUGAGUCCUGGUAGAGAGAACGUUGCCCCCGUGUAUAUUAGCCGCCUCCUGUUCUUGCUCGAGGAAAUUCUGUUGUGAUCUGUAAACUAAAUUGGUUAGCGAGUCGGACGUCAUUGUUCAGGACGAUUUCUAGAAAGUUUUGGAUAUAUUAAGGCGAUCAUAGUGGAUGCUGCCGUACUCGAAGGUAUCACUGGACAAUGGACAGGGCUUGCGUUGCUAGUACAAGCCCCAUGCAUUGCUCGAAGCACAACCUUGAUCGGCGUACAGUAGAGAUUUGAAGCAGCGUUGUCUC